AUGUAUAUAACAAGCUCAGCCUCAGCCUCUUCAAUUCUUAGAGCUUCUAGGGCUAGGUUUUCUACUUCAGUCUCUCGAGUUUCCCUACUCUCUCCUUCUAAAUUUGCUUCUCCUUCUCUGACGAAUAAUAAUCAGCUCCGAUCUCUUAGCUUCUCCUCCGCUGUUCGAUCCCUCCGCUGUUCGUUCCCUCGCUGGAGCCACGGUGUCGAUUGGCGUUCUUCUGCUACUCUUCGCCACCAGAUCAGAGCCGUCGCUCCUGUUAUCGAACGCUUCCAGCGAAAGAUCGCUACUAUGGCUACUGAACAUCCUUUCAAGGGAAUUUUCACCAGUCUCCCCAAGCCAGGAGGUGGCGAGUUUGGAAAGUUCUAUAGCUUGCCCGCCAUGAAUGAUCCAAGGAUUGAUAAGCUGCCUUAUUCUAUCAGAAUCCUUUUGGAAUCUGCUAUCCGUAAUUGCGACAACUUCCAAGUCACGAAGGAUGAUGUUGAAAAAAUCAUUGAUUGGGAAAACACAUCUCCAAAGCAAGUUGAAAUUCCGUUCAAGCCUGCUCGUGUUCUUCUGCAGGCAUGUUGUAAGAUUGGGAAGGAUUUUACUGGAGUACCAGCUGUUGUUGAUCUUGCUUCUAUGCGUGAUGCCAUGUGCCAACUUGGUGGUGAUUCCAACAAGAUCAAUCCUUUGGUUCCUGUAGAUCUUGUCAUUGAUCAUUCUGUUCAAGUCGACGUGGCGAGAUCUGAAAAUGCAGUGCAGGCAAACAUGGAGCUUGAAUUUCAGAGGAACAAGGAGAGAUUUGCUUUUCUUAAAUGGGGGUCUACUGCUUUCCAAAAUAUGCUUGUGGUUCCUCCUGGUUCUGGGAUCGUGCAUCAGGUGAAUCUUGAAUAUCUUGGACGUGUUGUUUUCAACACUGAUGGUGUACUCUACCCUGAUAGUGUGGUUGGAACUGAUUCUCAUACAACCAUGAUUGAUGGGUUAGGAGUUGCUGGCUGGGGAGUUGGAGGUAUUGAAGCAGAGGCUACAAUGCUUGGCCAGCCCAUGAGCAUGGUGUUGCCUGGUGUUGUUGGGUUCAAGUUGGAUGGAAAGUUACGCAAUGGUGUAACAGCAACUGACUUGGUUUUGACGGUGACUCAAAUGCUGAGGAAGCAUGGUGUUGUUGGAAAAUUUGUUGAGUUUUAUGGUGAUGGAAUGGGUGAGCUGUCAUUAGCGGACAGGGCUACUAUAGCUAACAUGUCUCCUGAGUAUGGUGCAACCAUGGGGUUCUUCCCAGUGGAUCAUGUUACUUUACAAUAUCUCAAAUUGACUGGAAGGAGUGAUGAAACUGUGGCAAGGAUAGAAGCAUAUCUCCGUGCAAACAAAAUGUUUGUUGACUAUAAUGAGCCCCAACAAGAAAGAUUGUACUCAUCCUAUCUACAAUUGGACCUUGCGGAUGUUGAACCCUGUAUUUCUGGACCGAAGAGACCACACGACCGGGUUCCAUUAAGAGAAAUGAAGGCUGAUUGGCAUUCUUGUCUCAAUAACAAAGUUGGAUUUAAGGGCUUUGCUAUACCAAAAGAGGCACAGGACAAAGUGGCAAAGUUUUCAUUCCAUGGACAGCCAGCAGAGCUGAAGCAUGGUAGUGUUGUGAUUGCUGCAAUCACAAGCUGUACCAAUACAUCAAAUCCCAGUGUCAUGCUAGGAGCUGCUCUUGUUGCUAAGAAGGCUUCUGAACUUGGUUUAAAGGUCAAGCCAUGGAUCAAAACAAGUCUCGCCCCAGGCUCUGGAGUUGUUACAAAAUAUUUACUCCAAAGUGGACUGCAAAAAUAUUUUAAUGAGCAAGGCUUCCAUCUAGUUGGAUAUGGCUGCACAACAUGUAUCGGAAAUUCUGGGGAUUUGGAUGAAUCUGUUGCUUCUGCUAUUUCAGAAAAUGAUAUUCUUGCUGCUGCUGUGCUUUCUGGUAACCGAAAUUUUGAGGGCCGUGUUCACCCCUUGACAAGAGCAAACUAUCUUGCUUCACCUCCUUUAGUGGUUGCCUAUGCCCUUGCUGGGACGGUUGACAUUGACUUUGAUAAGGAACCAAUUGGAACAGGGAAGGAUGGUAGGAGUGUCUAUUUCAAGGAUAUCUGGCCAACAACAGAGGAAAUUGCAGAGGUCGUUCAAGCCAGCGUAUUGCCUGAUAUGUUCAAAAGUACAUACGAGUCCAUCACAAAGGGCAAUCCUAUGUGGAAUCAGCUAACCGUACCAGCUGGAACUUCCUAUUCAUGGGACCCUAAUUCAACCUAUAUUCAUGAUCCCCCGUACUUCAAGAACAUGACCCUAAAUCCUCCUGGAGCCCAUGGGGUGAAAGAUGCAUACUGUUUGCUUAGCUUUGGUGAUAGUAUCACGACAGAUCACAUUUCCCCAGCAGGAAGCAUCCAUAAAGACAGUCCUGCUGCAAAGUACCUCCUUGAGCGUGGGGUGGAUCGCAAAGACUUCAACUCUUAUGGAAGUCGUCGUGGGAAUGAUGAAGUGAUGGCUAGGGGAACUUUUGCCAAUAUUCGCAUUGUUAACAAACUUUUGAAUGGGGAAGUGGGACCCAAGACUGUUCAUAUUCCUACAGACGAGAAACUCUACGUAUUUGAUGCAGCAAUGAGGUACAAGAGUGAUGGACAUGACACUAUUGUUUUGGCUGGAGCUGAGUAUGGAAGUGGAAGCUCCAGAGAUUGGGCUGCCAAGGGUCCCAUGUUAUUGGGAGUUAAAGCUGUGAUUGCCAAGAGUUUUGAGAGAAUUCAUCGCAGUAAUUUGGUGGGAAUGGGAAUUAUUCCACUUUGUUUCAAGGCUGGUCAGGAUGCGGACACGCUAGGAUUGACUGGCCAUGAGCGCUAUACUAUUGACCUUCCAAGCAAUAUCAGUGAGAUAAAACCUGGCCAAGACGUGGCUGUCACAACUGACAAUGGGAAAUCGUUCACCUGCACAGCUCGCUUUGACACUGAGGUGGAAUUGGCUUAUUUCAAUCACGGGGGCAUUCUUCCAUAUGUUAUUAGGAAUUUGACGAAGCAGUGA